AUGACUCUCUGUGGCGUGUGUGAGUGGCGUGUGACUACAAUAACGCACUCUACGGGGUUCAGUGCAUCCAAACAAGAAGCAAACGCAAAUCCACCUCUGCGAUCUCUCCCGCCGACAUCCCGGAGGUCAACGAUUCCAUUUCAUUCACUGAGUUUGAAAAACACGCGAGACACAGGUACACUGCACCCGCGCGAGAAUUCAAAUGCGAAUUGUCACCGUACGGAGGCGUGUGCGCGCGAAAAACACGCGCACGCGCAUAGAUUUUCACCAAGAGACUGGUCUCCGCUCCCAAACUUAAUUAAAGUACCCCUAAUUACGCCCGGGCGACGGUCGGCCCACGGCGGGCGCCGAAGUGUUCCGCAAUGUUUGUACAUUAUUCGAGAGAGUUUCUCCGCCCCCGUUUGCGUACAAGUUAGGUGCGCUCCCGUCUUAUUUGCUCUGGGUCGCACAGCGUCAACUUUACCGCGCUCCACCCCGCCGGUGGGCCAGGAGAGGCACUAUCGGACGCCAUGCAAUAUCCCGCCCAGACGACGAUCGGUAUGUACGGAGCGACCGAGCAGCGUCAUCCCGUCGGAGAAGAGCAAAACAAUUAUCGAAAUAGCAACGUUAUUAGGAAGUGAAUCUCCAUUCGAGCUCUGGCGGAACGCGCGAUGGAUAAAAAAGCGGGAACACCGAUCGGAAUAUGCAAAUGGCGGUCGAGCUGAUUCGCAAUGCCGGUUAGCAGGCAGUUAA